CAGCUACACGUGUAGUGCAAGCCUCUGUGUUGCCACCCACUACCAGAGUGUAAUACAUGCCAUGGCUGCCCUGAGCUCCAUUAAACCCUUCAGCACAGAGGAGAUCCAGAGGAUUCUGCAUCAUCUGCAACAGCCAGCGGUCUUCAUGAACAUGACCUGUGGCUGGCCUGCUCUCCACUGGACCGCAGAACACCUGUCUGGCUGCCUUGGUGAAAAACUGAUCCGUUUUAGACUCGGGAGAAAAGAGGAGAUGAACACACCUCUGUUUGAAACCCAGUGUUCCUAUGUGGAGGCCAAACUGUCACACUUUCUCAGCUGGACCCAGUCUGGGACAGACCUUGGGCCGUUCUCUGAAUUCCCCAACUCAGAGUAUUGGGCUUAUGCUGAUUACAAGUACAUCGCUAUCCUGUUUCAAGAUCAGCCUUCCAUGUUUGAGGAUGUAAAGUGGUCCGACUUUGGUUUUGAGGGACGGAAUGGAAGAGAGAGUACUUUAUGGAUAGGCACAGAGGGUGCCAACACGCCAUGCCACCUGGACUCUUAUGGCUGUAACUUGGUACUGCAGGUACAAGGACGGAAACGCUGGCAUCUCUUCCCUCCAGAAGACACUUCUAAGCUCUACCCAACCAGGAUCCCCUAUGAGGAGUCCAGUGUCUUCAGCCAGGUGGAUGUGCUCCAUCCAGACUUGAGGAGAUUCCCUGACUUUCAGAGAGCCAGGGUCCACACCGUCACUCUUCAGCCCGGACAGGUGCUUUAUGUUCCCAGACACUGGUGGCACUAUGUGGAGUCAGUGGAUUCCAUCACUGUCAGCGUCAACUCCUGGAUUGAGUUGGAAGUGGAUGAUGUGGCAAGAGUCAAUGAAGCUGUGACCAAGGCUGUUGUCUGCGCCAUUAAAAGUGUUCAAAGUGAUGACAACACUGAUGACUGGCUCAAUCCCACUGAGGAGGGAGUCACAUCCCAUAAUGAGAACAUGCAGUAUGUGAACCUGGCAAUUAGGGCUUGCACUCAAAGACAGAAGGACCUCUGCCACCGCAAACUGGCCCAGGACUCAAGAGACACACGUCCAGCUAAACGGGACUACAGCGGACAAAUUAGGAAGAACAGUGAUUCAAUGAGGGAUCCUGCACCCUUCAGCAUUCCCUUUGGGCCACAUCUCAUCCCUGUGCGCUGUCAGCAAGAGGACUCACUAGAAACGAGGGAAGUGACCCCAAAAGAUCUGGAGGUCAAAUCUUCCAGGAAGCAAAUCCAGGAGGAAGGCAAAUCUCAAAAGGACUGCAGUGUCAGCUCAGAUGCAGCUCACACAACGGAGCCUGCAUCUGCUGUCAGACUCCACCAGGAAAAACAUGAAUGUAGCCCUGGUUUAACUCAGCGUGGAGCAUGUGAUUGUGCAGGUGGGACGUCACAGGACCCUUCAGAGGAUUAUGAGAAAUCAAGACAUGCAAUAAUAACCACUAAUGACCUGUUAGACUGCCUGGUGCAUCCGGAUAUCAUCACCCGUGUCACAGAGCUUUUACUGAAAAGGCACACAGGGAGUCACCUGACCACUGCGCCAUCCUAGCUUUAAUAUUCACCUGCCAUGCACAAUAUAUAAGUCCCACUGGAGUUGACAGUGAUUUAGAGCUGUGAAAAAAAAACUAAAAAUAUUUUGCUGCAGAAAUCCAUCUUUCAAGCUACCAGUAAUGUUGUGGCGUCAGUAAGAAGUGAGAGGGGAAAGAUGAAGAUUAAUGUAGAGUUUCACCCUACUUUUCUUUCUCCUCUCAUCUGUCAAGGUCCUGAGAUUAACCCCAGAUGCGACGGGUCACAACCAAAACUAAUUGUAAUGCGAUGAGCAACGCCAUCGAGUGGCUCUAACAUUUCCAUGUUUUGUUGUCCUGCACACUCUAAUCCUGUUUGGCUCUUCCAGAGUAAGAAAAAUGACCUCCUAAAUCAAUUUAAUAUGCUAAUGAGCCAAAUAAUUCAAAAUGAUAUUCCAGGGAUGUGAACAUUUGUUUUCUGCAUAAUGUUUGUCUGUCAUUUAGUAAUGAGAAUUGUCAUUGAACUGAUUGUAAUGGUUUGAUGAUUGAUGAAAGCUGUAUGAGGAGCGAUGAAUUAAAUGGGUCUGUUUGAAUACAGUCUGUCGCCACAGGUCACACAUCUCAGAGGAGACGAAGGGUGUGCAUCUACAAAUAUACUAAAUGUAAUAUCCCCACCAACAAUUUAAUUGCUAAAUGUCAUUCUCCAUCCUUUGUUUACUACUGACUUGUAUUGUGUUUUACAGACCUGACCAUAUAUAACCACUGAUUUUACAAUUUCAACAACUGUGGUGCAAAAAUGUUCAAGCUAUGAAUGAAAGAAAUGAUAAGGAUGCACAUUUUAAUCUUCAUUAAAAUUUCCAC